GAAACGACCCUAUGUAUUCGUUAACUGUUCGUUUGCUUUAUCAUAAUGAUAGGAAGGGUAAACAGGGCAGUAAAUAAGUCAAAAUGUUUGUUCACUUGGCUUUAAUAGUUUGGUAUCUACAUGUUUAUAAAGUUAUUGGAUUAAAUACCUCGUGUUGUGAUUCGUAUCAUCUGAAGAGGCAGAACGGAGAGUUAUGGACCUGUGGAAAUUGUCACCCGGGAUAUCAUUUCGCUGAUGACUGUGAAUUCAAUGGAGGAAGCGCUAAAUGUUCUCCUUGUUCAGAUGGUUAUUUUAUGGAAACCAGAAAUGUUUUCAGGGCAUGUAGACCGUGUAAAAAUAGCUGUCCCCACAACACGAUUAUCGAUUUUAACUGUAGCUCCACAUCGGAUCUUAAAUGUGGGUGUUCAAACGAUAAAUAUCUCGACAAGGAUGUAUGCGUUAGAAAAACAAAAUGUCAACCGGGCUAUGGCGUAAGCGGAACCACUGCUGAAGGAGAUACGAAAUGCGACAGCUGCCCGGAAGGAACAGUCUCACCGAAUUAUUCCUUUGACGAAAAAUGCAUGCCUGACACGGAUGACUGUGCGCCAAUGCCUUGUAUGAACAACGGGACAUGUAUAGAUUUAGUGGACGACUUUAAUUGCACAUGCCCUCGAGGAAUCUCCGGUCGAAGAUGUGAACAUGGUACUGGCUGUGAUUCUCAACCUUGUCAAAAUGGAGGACGAUGUAUACCGGAAGGGAUUUUACAUCUCUGUGACUGUCCAGAUGGCUUUAAAGGACCAAACUGCGAGGACACUUGUCCCACUUGUAAAAGCAGUGAGCACGUUACCGUUAUUAUCGUCCUUGCAGUUCUCUUCUCUCUAUGUGCGAUUGUUGUUAUCGUUCUUGGCGUGCUUGCAUGGCAAUUAAGAACAAAGUCGAAGCGAGGAAAUGCGGCAAAUAUUGAAGAACUUUCCAGCCUAAAAAAUGAAAAAGGUCAACAGCCUGAUGAAAAGGGCCCUGACAAAGAAACGUCUACAAAUGAAAAAGCUCAACCCACUGUAAGCAGUUGUUCCGGUUUGGAUUUACAACAUGGAAAAAAGAAAAAAAAGUGGAUGUCAGCACGUUCAGAUAAAGAAGGAGCUCGGAUACAGAGACAAGACUUUGGAAAUGAUGAUAAUCAGGAGCAACACGGUCUUCUAGCCAGCGGAAACACUAAAAAGGGUCAAGCCAAGGAUAAAAAAGACAUUGAGGGGGAAUAUUCCGAUGGACAAUGUGGUUCUUCAAAUAGCAGUCAUUCCAAAAACGAUUACAUUGAAGUUGAAGAUCCUGACAACAGAGAACGGAUUGAACGGAGCACACCAAAUGUUAGCGGUUCUUCCAAACCCACUUUCGUAAACCCUGAAACUCCUAAAGAUCCUGACAACAGAGAUCGGAUGAAAAAGAGCACACCAAAUGUUAGCGGUUCUUCCAAACCCACUUUCGUAAAACCUGAAACUCCUAAAGAUGGCGUACAGUCUACGGGCGGCAAAAUAAAUCCACUACUGGAUCAUCCAAAAACAGAAAUAGUGCCAUCAGAUGCUACUAGCCAAUCCGGUAUAUCUUCAAGAACAUAUACUGACGAGCAAGAUCUGACGGGAGCAACAAACAUAAAUGUUAUUGGAAUGGAGCUAUCGGACAGAACUAUGCGAUUAAGCAGCUCGGUAUGCCCCGACGAAAAUUGCCCAAGUGUGAAUACUGGGAGUGACAGCGGAGGUGAUGCACGCUACAAACGGUCUCCUCAAAAGCACACGAGUAGUCAGUGAAAAGCGGCCACUCAUAUGCUCAACAACUUGCAGGAAGAUACAUGCCGUCGCGUCAACAGUCCAAAUAGAGCUACAUGCGGCUGUCUGCAAAAGACAACUAUUAUGAACAAUCUCCUUGUCAUUAAAUGUUUGGACCAUUUGUUAUAAAUAUAAAUAUUGGUGAUAACUGUUUAAGCAAACUUUUAUCAACGAAUGUUUGGGGUAUUAUUAAUAAAAAUAGCUGUUUUCAAUUGAUUGUAAUCAUUUCAAAUGUUGGGUAAUUUCCAUCAUGCAGGAAUCCAGACUCGUUUAAUAUUCUAGGAUAUGUUACACAUCUAUAAAAAUGUAAAGUAAUAAUGCUACGUAUAAUAAAUUUACAUGAAGGCUGUAAGCAAAACAAUGCUUUAAAGUUAUAUUGCGUCAACAGGUAUGAAACUUUAAUUUCCACUUUCUAGAUGUAUGUCGAAUACCUUAAUAGAAUGCCACUUAGUAGUCAUCGCUCUAGGGGGUUAGUUGUUUUCGAUAAAUGACAUUAAAUAUCUUGUUUUGCUUUUCAUCGAAAACAACAUUUAAAAUAAAUUAAUGUUUGAUCUAUUAUUUUAAAUACGAAAAGAACUUCUUUACAUUGUUGUUAUGUUUAUCAUACUUUUGACAUUGUUACGUUAUACAGGAAUUGUGUUGAUCGAUCAGCAAAGAAUUGUGGUUUUAUAAUUAUUGAACUGUGUAAAAGUAAUUAUGUAUAGCUGAUGAAUGGUCGUAUAAAGUCUGAUUAUUGUUAUAUAUUAUUUAUAUGUUUUUGGAUGUAGUACAGUUGACUACUUUAUACAAAAUACUUAAGUAUUUGCAUAUACUUUGACCCUUUUAUACAUGAUUUUGUUCACUUACUAGCCCAUUGCAAUCAAUUAGUCAAUCUUAAUUUGUUUGUAAAUCUGAAGAUGAUUUUAAACAUCGCUUCGGUAUUUGAAAAAAAAUCAAAACGCGAUUGACGACAGUGUAUGAAUUAUAUCAAUAUAGACGUUAUUAUAUGUAGAAUAUCAUUUGUUGUCAGUACAAGAUGCUCUGAUUCGUUUGUGCUGUGAAUACAAAAGGCAAUAUUAAAUCAUCUAAAAAGAUAACACACAUAGUAAAUUUCCCAUGAUAAGUUGCAAAUGCCACAGAGAAAAAAAAUGAUCACAGAACAUGGAAGGUCUUAUUAUAAAUAUUGAACAACAUAUUAUAGACUGAUUAAAUAACAUAAAAUAGCAUACAAGCAAUAUUAAACCACUUUUAAUAAAGCGAAGAGUAGAAUUACUAGGUCAAAUUUAGUUCAUCAAUUUAAAGCUGUUUAAAUUCAAGACCCUAGGAAGUUUUUAGAAUAAUUAAUUAAAUAUAGAUAUUUAGAAAGACAAUAAACGUCCAUUAAAAACUAACCUUUAAAGAUAAAUAAACCUUUAAAGAAUAUCCGAAAUUAAACGACCAUAACUGGAAAAUGAAAAAAAAAUAUAAGAAGUUGAAAAGUAUCUAAUGGACAAUAAAUUAUUAUGAAAACAGUCAAAACAAUGAAAAUGAUUAUUUGAUUAUAUAGACUAAUGCAUCUGGUUAUUUGCUAAGGCAAGUUUUUUUGAUGUUUAGUUGAUUUUGAACACGCCAUUGACUGCGUUUUGAGAGUAAGGUUUAAGCAGAAAUAUAUUAAUGCAAAUUAAUAUUUAAUUAAUUAGAAUUAUUUGAAAAUGAUUUUUUUUUUAAUUUUAGUUCAUGAUUUCGAAAUAUGUAUAUUCGCAACAAGGAAAGUAGUGAGUUCAGGAAAACCAUCGGCAGUAAAAGAGAAUUUUAGCUCAAAAGAAACGCUAUACGUAAGGAAGUUGUAUGUCGUUAGUGAAAAUAAUGAGUUGGUAUGUUGUUUUAUGUUGUUUUAAAAUGAUGUCAACAGUGCUUUAGUUGUAAUUAGUUAAUACAAUAAUAAUAAAGGAUGAUGUUUA